CUACUCUUCUCCCUCGCAACGGACUCUCCCUUCAAACGGGAAACAAGAUGGCGGCGGCAGGUCCGAGUACUCGGGCCUCUUCCGCGGCGGCAGCGGCAGCUCUGAGUCGGCGGGGCCGACGGGGCCGCUGUGACGAGAUGGCGGCAGCCAAGACUGGGGCCCCGGGCGCGGCCUCUGGUCCCGCGUUGCUGGUGUUGCCGCCGCCGCUGCUGCAACCGCCGCCACCGCCGCGGCCGGAGGAGUCGGGCUGCGCCGGGUGUCUGGAGACCCUGGGCGAAGCUGCGGCCCUGCCGUGCGGCCACUCGCUGUGCCGAGGCUGCGCCCAGCGCGCCGCCGACGCAGCGGGCCCCGGUUGCCCGCGCUGCCGUGCCCGCGGCCCGGGUUGGGCCCGCCGUCGGGCCCGCGACGACGGCCAGGCCGACGCGGAGGUGCAGAGCGAGCGCGCCCGCCGCGGCCAGUCGGAGCGCUGCCGCCAGCGCCGGGACGGGGGCGCGGCCGCCGCGGGGUCCAGGCCGGAGCAGGAGCCGCGCGCCGCGGCCACGGAGCCAGAGUUUAUAUUCAGAGCACCAAUCAAAUUAAGCAAGCCUGGGGAACUUCGUGAGGAAUAUGAAAGCCUGAGAAAGCUGAGAGAAGAAAAGUUGCAAGAGGAGAAAACCUCUGAAGAUCAAAUCCACAAGCUGUUAUCAGAGGAUACAGAAACAGGGAAAAGAAAAAUGGAUGAACAGAAAAAGAGAGAUGAGCCAUUAGUACUGAAAUCAAAUCUGGAACAUUGUCCUGCACGCCUCUCAGAUUCAGAGAACGAAGAACCUUCCCGAGGCAAGAUGACACAGACACAUCGCUCGGCAUUUGUUUCCAAGAACAACUCCUACUCCUUAGCUUUCCUGGCAGGGAACCUAAAUUCCAAGGUGGAAAGGAGUCAGAGCUGCAGUGACACAGCUCAGGACAGAGCGAAGAGCAGACUCAGAGCAGCCCCAACAAGCAAAACCAAGGUCACAGCUAUAACCCCAGCCUCCAACCCCAUCAUUGGUGUCCUCUUGUCCACUCAGAACAACCGCUGCCUCUCAGCCCCUGACUUAACCGUUGAGAAGCGUCUACCCUUCAGCUCCCUCUCAUCCUUGACUUCCCUGCAUAAGCCCGAGCGCUCCAUCAGUCCUGAGAGCAAUGACAGCAUCUCCGAAGAACUAAACCAUUUCAAGCCCAUUGUCUGCUCACCAUGUACUCCUCCCAAGAGACUCCCUGAUGGCCGAGUGUUAAGUCCCCUCAUCAUCAAAUCAACACCCCGCAACCUAAACAGAAGCCUGCAGAAGCAGACUUCUUAUGAGGCUAGUCCAAGGAUCCUCAAGAAGUGGGAACAGAUCUUUCAGGAGCGGCAGAUCAAAAAGACCCUUUCGAAAGCCACCCUCACCUCCCUGGCUCCAGAAACAGGGGAAGACUCACUGGUCUCUGAAGUUAUCCAUUCUAACAAGGAGAAGCCACCUCAGGCUUUAAAUACAAGACUGGCCAGUGGGCAAGUACUCUCUGAGUGUGUAGGACCCACCCUCACUGACCUUGAUUUUUUCCCAUCCGUUAGCCAAACAAAAGUGGAACAGGGCAGCGAUAGUAAAAGGAGCUCUGAGAUCCCGUUGGAAACCUGCUGUUCCUCAGAACUUAGAGUGGGAGCCAGUGGUACUUUGGAGCCGGAGCAGAGUGAAGGGCCGGGGCCAACCCCAGAUGCCAAGUUAGACAAAACCUGUAUAAGCGCAACCAUGAAAAUCUCGGCAGCUCAUUCAGCGCUACCCAAAAAUAGUGUUCUGGGUGGGGUCCUCAAAACAAAGAAGCAGCUGAAGACAGCAAAUCAUUUUGAUCUGCCUAAUGGUGUGCUGGCAGACAGCCGAGGUGAGGAGCCGCUUCCUUCCUUGCGUCGGGGCCGGAAAAGACACUGUAAGACCAAGCACUUGGAACAAAAUGGCUCCCUUAAGAAACUGCGACAGAGCGGUGGUGAGGUGGUCCUGGCCCCGGCAGAGCCGGUGCUGCGGGAGAUGGAGCAGAAACUGCAGCAAGAGGAAGAGGACCGGCGGCUGGCUCUGCAGCUGCAGCGCAUGUUUGACAACGAGAGGCGGACUGUGAGUCGGCGAAAAGGAACCGUGGAUCAGUAUCUCUUACGGUCCAGCAACGUGGCCGGGGCCAAGUAGCACCUAAUGAACAGUGUUACCUAUUUUUAAGAGGUCUUUGGGCUUGAUCAUUUAUCCUGAAGAGCUGAGUGUUCUCACUUUGGGUUUCUUUCAAUGGCAAAACACUGUCUGAUACAGUUCUGGGAGGUUCUGGGGCCUUCGUAGUCCAUGUCCAAGGGAACUGUGUCUCUGCCUCCCUGCGACCGAGGCCAGAAGCACUCCUCACCCCAAAGUGACCUGUCCCUGAGGGCUCCUGGGCCAAAUCGGGCAGCACCCACUUGGAAUGAGAUUCAGGAGCACAGUGGCCAGAGUUACAAAUGGUAGAGGAAUGAGGGGGGGAUACCUUCUUAAACCGACAGACCUCCUGACUUCUUUCAACAGGGUGUUAUUUUAAAUCAGCCUUGCAGAUAAACAUUACUUCCAUCUGUGUCGUAGAAGUGGAUCUGCGUUUUGGCAGAUUCCAAAAUGAUUGUGUUCCCUUCUCCUUAUCCAUGCUACAAGUAAAUGUACCUACUGAAA